AUGUCCAUCGCAGCAGACACCGUAGCCGCCGCGCCGGUCCCUACGGAUGGUCCGGGGGACACAACGACAUCUCAAAUCAGCGCCGACGCUCCCUCGGCGGCCGAGACGAAGAGCAAUGGCGUCGAUGCCGCUGAUACCGAUGGUGAUAAGUAUGCCAAACAGGCCGACGACGAUUCGUCGCAGCCCAAACAUGUCAUCGUCCCUAAGCCCGUCGAGGUCAACUCGGUCCCCGAGACGCCCGUAAACGCACAGACGCCCGCGGGAGGCACACCGCGGCUGGAGCUCCAGACGACGGCGACGGAGCAGGAUGACCCCGAUGGCAAGGAAGACAACCGCGACGAAAACGCUUUUCUAAAAGACGAUGACGACGACGAAGAGGGCAAGGAACAGCCCGCGACCACUGCUAAUACCGACGCUGACGCUGCUGUUGCUGCUGCCCCUGCCCCUGCCCCUGCCCCUGCGACCACCAACGGGAAGCGCAAGGCUGAAGACGAAGAGACAGAGGCCAAUGGAAACGGUCAGGAGACCAAGACUGAAAAGGAACAGAAGAAUGAGCGACCGGACAAGAAGAGCAAAGUGACGGACACAAUUUCCGAAAAGGUGUCCGGGGUUAAAGAAAAGGUCGAAUCCAAGAUUGGUGGUGGGAGAUCUAAAAAGGCCAAGGCGCCACCGGCGGUCGGUAGGACGGAGCGCAAGACUCGCAGUCAGGGACCCGUUGAGCAGACGGCGCAGUAG